AUGGAGGUCCACCGUGGAGCAGAUAUCAACCUGCAGCCCGUGGAGGACCCCACACCGGAGCAGGUGGAUGCACCUGAAGAAGGCUGUGACCCUAAAAUGUCUGCCAAAGAGGACCCUACAGUGGAGACGAGUGACAAUGAAAUACGUGAGCUGAAUCCUUCUGCAUUGCAAGCUUGUUUCCCGCAUGCAGCCUUUGAUUUUCACAAGCUUGCCAAAGUCAUGGAGGCAGAAUUCCAAGAAGUCCGUGAACAGCUGCAGAACAGUUACAACCCUACCAUGAGAAAUGAACACCACAGAUUAAAGUCCUUCUUGUCCUAUACAUCUCAUUCAUCAUGGUCUUUCACAGAAAUGGCAGCUGCUGGGUUUUAUCACAUGCUUGUUAAAUCCAGCGUGCAGUGUUUUUGCUGUGGAUUAGUUUUAUUUACCACGAAGGUUAGAUGUACCCCAUACAAACAGCCCAAGAAAUUUUGUCCCACUUGUGAAUUUGUCCUGGGCAAAGAGGUGGGUGAUAUUUCAAAGUACGACAUAUGUGUUCAGAAGUUGGAGAAGAACCCAGCAGAGCACGCCUACAGGUACAGUGCGAAGGAUGCGAGGCUGCAGUCCUUUGAUGGGUGGCCAUUAUACGCCAAAGGAACGAAGCCCAGUUUGCUUGCCAGAGCUGGGUUUUUCUUUACAGGCAAGAAAGAUACAGUGCAGUGUUUUGCUUGUGGUGGAUGUCUGGGAAAUUGGGAAGACGGUGAUGAUCCUUGGAGAGAACAUGCUAAAUAGUUUCCUGAGUGUGAAUUCCUUCAAAGUAAGAAAUCAAGUGAGGAAAUUAAAAAGUACAUUGAAACCUACAGUGGAUUUGUUGGAGUGUACCUAGGUAGUCCAUUGAUGAAAAGCCACAUACCUCUAAUUGGCAUUUAUCCUACUCGAAGGCAGAUGGUUGAAUUAACUCCUCAUGGCACCUACACAUAUUUAUUGAUUAUUAAGAAGACCGUAGGCGAGUAUGCUAAACUAAGCACUUCUGCACAGCUGAAGUCAGGCGAUCUCGUCUUGAACAUCUUUGAGGAUGAAGGAGUUCAACUGGACUCUUUUAAAACUUGGCCAGCAGAAGCCCAUAUGGAAGCCACUGCUCUUGCUAAAGCCAGGUUUUUCUAUACAGGAGAAGGCGAUAGGGUACAGUGCUUCAGCUGUGCAGGUUGCUUACAGGAAUGGGAAGAAGGUGAAGAUCCUAUGGAAGAACAUGCAAAAUGGUUCCCUGAUUCCAGCCACAGGGAGCCUCUGCACGUGUGUGCGCAGAACGAGCAGCAAAGGCAGCUUAUUGCAGUUCUUCCUGCCGGACAACCUUUUGAAUGCACUGCAUUUCAGAGGUUGCUGAACAGCUGGGGGGACAUGACACUUGUUGAAAGUCAGUGUCUUCAAGAAGCAAAGAACUUGACCGAAAAACUUACAAAGGCUUACAACAGUAAGAGCUUCAGCAAAUUGUUUUCCUUUGGGAACUCAAACCAUUUGGCUAUUGACUUUAAAUUACUCUAUGGGGACCUAUCAGUUGUCUUAAAGGAUAUUAAUGAUCAACCAAUACAGCAGCUCUUUCUUCAUUAAAUCAUUGAGAACCUUAACUCCACCAUUGUGCUGGAAGGUGAAGCAGGAAAUGGAAAACCAGCAUUGCUCAGGAAAAUAGCUCUUCUCUGGGCCUCAGGCUGCUGCCUCAUUCUGAGCAGGUUUAAGUUUGUAUUUUAUCUCUCCCUGACUUAUGCAAGAUCAGGUCAGAGCAUGACUGAUACUAUAUGCAAUCAACCAGUAGGAUUUGUGGGACCAUUAACAGAAACAACUCUAAGAGAUGUAAUUCAGCCGCUGAAAAACCAGGUCUUAUUUCUUUUGGAUGACUAUAGUGAGAUGAAUUCAGUGCCCCAAACUGUAGAACUUAUACAAAGGAACCACCUCUACCGGCAUUGUUUGGUUGUUGCUGUCUGUACUAACAGGAUGAGAGAAAUUCGCAAGUAUGCAACCACCACUCUAAGCAUUGCAGAGUUCCCUCUGUCCAGCACUCUGUAUGUACUAAAGAAAUUGUUCUCCUACAAUAUUGACCUUGUGGAGCAGCUUCUCGUUCAGCUGGAGUUUGAAAAGUCUAUGCAGACCAUUCUAAAGACACCACUUUUUAUGGUGUCUCUGGCUGUGUAUUGGAUACAGAAUCCGAAGGGUAACAUAAUCAGUGAUAAGGCUAUUUUUGAAGCCAACCUGUUCUACCACUUACUAAAAUACGGUGAAGAAAGAGAACAUGUACUGGCUAUGUUUUCCUCACGUAGUGAACUUGCCUUAACCAGUCUUUUCAAGCCAUCCUUUGAUUUCACUGAGUAUGAUCUAUCUGAAGCAGGAGUUGAUGGAGACGAAGCUGUUAGGCUGGGUUUACUCAGCAAAUUUACUGCCCAAAGGCUUCAUCCAGUUUAUAAAUUCUUUCACCCCUUGUUCCAGGAGUUUCUUGCAGGGAGAAGACUGAGUGAGCUCCUGGUUUCUGAUGAAAAAGAAAAACUUGAGCGAGGGCUGCAGUAUUUGCAGCAAAUCAACACAUUUAGAGAAGUUGCUGGGUGCUAUAAUUUUUUAUUGGUUUACACUUGCAGCUUUUCUUCCAAAGCAGUCCCCCAAAUUAUAUCCUAUUUAUUUAAAUUGAUUGACUACAAGGAGUCAUUGGAAAGCCAGUCAGAAAAUGAUGAACAUCUGCAGCACCAUUCAGAUCUUCCAGUAAGAAUGUUCUUCAUUGACCAGUUAAGUUUUAUUGAUCCAAAACUGCUUCUUCCAGUUUUCAUUCAGUAUUUACUGGACUUUGCUAUUUCUGUAGUUUAUGAGAGCAAUACUGUCUCUGUGUGUGCCCCAAUCAUUUCUCAGUUCCUAAGAGGCAAUGAUAUUUUGUUAAGUUCAUUUAUAAUCACAAAAAUCUAAGUUGCGUUUUUUCAGGAUUACCCAGAAUCGCUGUCUCUACCCAGUAGUUUUCAGGUUGCAGUACAAGGAAGGAAGAUGCCACUUUUAAAAUGUACAUUCAGCAACAUCAGUUCCUUUCAGGAAGCUGACCUCAGAAAUUUGAUGACACUCUUUUCCGUUUCAGAUUAUACUGAACUUCAGCUGAAAAAUAGUCCUGGAUUCAUAGAAGUUAUCUGACCUGCUAUUGAACAGUACGAGGAACAUUUUAAAAAAUGUAGCUUACAUCAUCUUAACUUGAGCAUAACAGAGCAAGAAUUACUUCUCUCGAUGUCUUUUGUGGAAUGUCUUGAGAUAGACGAAAAAGAAAUGCCAGUUGAAUUUAUUAAGAGCUUCCAAGACCUCUCUGUUUUUCACCUGGACUGCUCCAGCUACUUCAAUGCUGAAUCCCUUCUGGCAGCAAUUUCUUCACGCAAGAAAUUAAAAGAAAUCAAGUUAACCAGGUCAUUUUUGACAGAUCGAGAUUUGCUUUCUUUAGCUGCUGCUCUGCCCAAUUUUGUCUCUCUCAAAGUGUUGGAUCUUACAAGCCAAUAUUUUGAUGACAAGGAAGCUUGUGAAAUCUUUGCAUACAACUUAGGUGGUGGUCUUAACCUGGAGGAGCUCAUCCUUCCUGCAGGGAAGGGAAUAAAGUCUGCAGCCAAACUGAUUGUUCAGCAGUGUCUACACCUGCUGCACCUCAGAUGCUUCUCAUUUAUCCUAUGUCUGGAUGAUGACAGCCUGUUAGAAAUAGCAAAGGUUGCAAACCAUGGAGGUUUCCAGAAGCUUGAAACUCUGUUAACAAAUCACGAUGUUACAGAAACUGGUUGGAGAAACUUCUGUAGAACACUUAAUAACACGCCUGCUUUAGAAGAGCCGGACAUUAGAUGUAUGUUCACACAUCAGAUCAAAGCCAGUGCAUCAACAGUGAUGGCUUUUGUCCAGUGCGUUUCUUGAUUGCCUGGUCUUGUGACAAUAGUAAUGAUGGGUUGGCUCCUUGACGCAGAGGACCUUAAAAUGUUUGAUAUCAUGAAGGAGCAGCACCCCUAGUCUAGGAGUUUAAAAUUAUCUUGGCAAUGGGUCUUGCCACUUCCACCAAUUUUUCAAGACUAG